AUGCAAUCGCAACGGAUGAUGAAGAAGAACUGCUGCCUGGGGAUUCAUAGCGAGAAGCACCAGACCAUGUGCCAAUCGAAAUGUUCCUCCAGUUCCUCGCCACACACCGCCGGCACCCUCACCCUAGUCCUGCUCCAAAUGAUCCGGAACGACUCCCUCGUAACGGCAGACGUGGCCUGGGUCUCGAUCGUGACCAACCCAACCACCAAAUCUCCUCCCUCCCAGCAGCAACACCAAUGCCUCGUCACGUGGGAGGUUUCCGGUGGUGGCCUGAUGGGCAACCUCCUGACCGAAUCCUCCAGCGUGCAGCUGUCCCUGUGGCCGGAAACCAACUACCGCGUGCAGGUCACCUGUCGGAACAAGAACACCGACUCCCUCAUCCGGUCGGCCCCCAUCAUCCUAAACACUUCGGGUGCCACAGUCGUAACAACAACAACACCGUCCAGUUCGUCACCAGAACCAUCAACUCCACAACUUGAACCUGGCCCCGCAUCCAGCAAUCCGACUCAGACAACAAUGUGGCCAAUAACGCGCCAAAGCCAGCAGGACAUCAUUCUACUGGGGGUGUUUGUGGCCGCGCUGACCUUCCUGCUGAUCCUGCUCACGGUGGUCAUCUUUGUCAAGCGGAAACGACUCACCGGAGCUGGCGUUGAGACGGACAAGGAAGUUCUCGUGGAAGGAGACAGCAGCGGGGACGAGGGCACGAUGGUGGAGAUUUUGCACGUUUAA